AUGACCGGCAUCAUGACGAUGGUGGGUCAAAGCCUUAGGGAAGUCCAGCGUCCGACAAGAUCUCUUGUGACACCCAAAAAUGUUCUCACCAUCGGACAUUGGAAUGUGAGAACUAUGUAUAGAGGUGGAGCGGCGGCGCAGAUUGCGAGAGAGAUGGAGGGAUACCAGCUGGAUGUACUUGGAAUCAGAGAGUGCAGAUGGAUGGGAGCGGGCAGGGUGAGGAUGGCUUCAGGACAGACAAUGUUAUACAGUGGGGAUGAGGAACUGCAUGAGGGUGGUGUUGGCAUCAUGUUGAGUCAACAAGCUGAGAAGUCACUCAUGGAAUGGACACCCAUCAACAAGAGAAUCAUAACAGCAAGAUUCUACUCAAGAUACAGGAGAGUAACCAUCAUUCAAGUGUACGCCCCACAUAAUGAGAAGGAAGAUGAGGAGAAAGAACAGUUCUACCAGGAACUACAGGAAGCAUUGGAUGGUUGCAACAGGAAUGACAUCAUCAUCAUCAUGGGAGACCUCAAUGCUAAAGUUGGAAGUGACAACAGUGGGUAUGAAAGAUCAAUGGGGGUACAUGGAUUGGGGAUUCAGAAUGACAAUGGAGUAUGA